AUGUCGGAGCCCCCCUCCGAUUUGCCGCAUGGUAAUGGGCAUAUGUUUUUGUCCUCUCUUUCUCACAUUGCUUCGUCGGACAAUCUUCACAAGGCUCGCAAACCGUUGAACAAGUUCCACAAAUCGCCGUUCCAUCGUCCCAGCACACCGCCUCCGCCGACAGAACAAGUUAGUUUGCCAAAAGAUGCAGAGGCAAUCCCGAUGUCCAAGCAACAUUCCCGGUUUGUCAAGAUAACUAAGAAGGCGAGUCGUCUGGCCACCGAAUUGGCUGGAGAUCUUGCGUUUGGGUCCACCAAAGACGGUCAUGUCGACCAUCGCUACGAAGAGUUCAAGUCCAAGAGGCUACGAGAGCGCGAAUCCAAGUCCCAGAAAGAACUCGACCUUGUUCGUCAGAACCUCAACGAAAAGGGCAUAGAGGCGUAUCUGGAGCAUCUGCGGUUUUUCCUGGAAUAUAUGGACCAUAGUGAGCUGGAUGAUCCAAUUGAUUAUGCCAUCACUCGCAGAGACCUUUGGUUGUCUUGGUACAAGAAACUGCUCAUCAGCAUGCGCGACGAGGUCCAGGACUAUGAGGAUCUUGUCAAACAGCGCAAAACUCUCCACACACACGGUUCUUCCGCCUACCAGGACAUUAAACACGAAGCAGACUACAAGUUCAAGACAAAGCUGCACGACUUGUCGUCGAUUUCGCAACCAGAGGCUGUUCAAAACUUGCAAAAUAGCAUGUUCAACGAUAAACGUGUGGUUCUUAUUUUGCUGUGGUUUCUACAAAUCGUGAAGAAGCUCCUCAACCAGCCAACCAUGUUCCAUAAGGAAGUCCUUGAGGCCUUUGGCAACGGACCCGAGUUCGUGGACCCGUCCAAACAGGAAGACCCUAAUGAAGUCUGCAUCGUCACAAGCAACAAAAUGAUCUCCAGUAAAAUGGAGUCCUCGAUCAAGGAAUUGCAUUCCGCAGCCGAAAACUCGAUCUUAAGCGCACAUGUCGAGUUUCUUAAUGGCUGGCAAAUCAGACACGACAAUCCGCAGCUCCACACAAACUUUGUCAGUGUGACAGGCACAAUGCGCAAGCUCAUCGAUUACGCGCACAAGGGCGUGAUACCGAAAUCGCUCGAGUCAGAAUACCCCAACUUUGCCAACCCUGUGUUGGACGACGACUUCUACCGCUUCCAGCUUAGUAACGACGAAAAGAAGUUUGUCAAAGACUACUCCUCGUUCACUACGGUCUCCAGCGACCAGCUGCCGCUCGCUGACUCCUCGCAAUCCUGCAUAUGCUGUCCAGACUUCACGCUGGCUGUCACGGACGAUAACUUUGUCUCCACGCUGGCAGAGUUCAAGCGCGCACUCAGGCCAUCGGGAUACUUGCAGCUGUUCAUCUGGGACCUCGAGUCCAUGCAGAAAGACCUCAAGCCGCAGUCGGACGACGAAAAUCUUCGUCGUUUGGUUUGGGAGAAAAUAGCCAAGUUCAACUUUGACCGCAAGUGUGUGGUUUCCGAGGCCAGCUCAAAAAUCGUACCUACCUUGCGCCAGUUGGGAUUCAGAAAGAUCCGGUAUUCGUACGUUGGCCAUCCGUUCAUUUCCACUAUUUCGGAAAGCCCAGACCUGGUGAACAUGUCACAUUCAUCAUCGUCAGAUUCUGGACGCACAGAGUCCACUACCUCCACCGCGCAUCUGGGUUACAAAGACCUGCGUGUGAACGCCUUUUUCGAGUUCUUCGCCAACUAUGUGGAGUUCCUUAUGUUUUCCAAAAUUGUGUCUAUUUUCCAGCUGAUGGAAACACUCAAAUACCAGGCAGCAACGGAGGAAACCACCAAAUUGGGCGAUGAGGAGACUCUGAACCUGAUCAAGCUCUUUAUCGAUUACAAGCUGAACGGGUGCGCGGGAAAGCUUGUGCAAAAACAUUUCCCUGAUCUUCCUGCCAAGCAUGAUCCUAUCCGAAACGAGGGCAUAGGAUACUCUAUGGUGUUGAUAGCCGAAAAAUAA